UUCUUUUUUUACAAGAACGUGUUUAAAGAGAGGAUUUUUUUUUACAUGAGCAUGUUUAAAGAUUAGAUUUUUAACAUGAACACGUUUAAAGAUUGGAUUUUUACAUGCGUGUUUUAUGUCGGUGGAGAUGUUUGAAACAACAAGAAUAACUAAUUCUGUAGCAGAAGGCUAACAAAUAGUAAAACGUCACAUGGGAGAGAGAGAGAGAGGCAAUAAUUGUAGUUGGCUUUAUGCGAACUAAAGAGUUAAAACUCUUUCAACUUUGAUCAUGCAAAUUGAUAAGGUAAAACAGUUUAUAAUUAUUGCAGAGACCUCAUCCACUAAAAAAAUACCCAAAAAACUUCCAUUAUUGGCGAAGCUUUUAAGAGACGUGAAAGUCAAGUGAGGUCAGCAGAUAAUUUAUAUUUUAAAAGUGCCAAAAAAAUAUUUAAAAAAAAUACAAAAAAACGAGGCUAUAUAAUCUCCUCUUCCCGACAAUCUUGACUUGCGGUAAGAGAAGCCUAAUCUUUUUGCUCUACCUGUAAACCAUCUUCUUUUUUCCUCCAAAUAGCAGCUUUUUUUGGAGGUGGGUUUUCCAUUCCACUUGUAUUUUAGGGAUCUAAUUUCAUGUGCUUAUAUUCCAUUUCAACCUCUUUUCUCCCUUUUAUCAGAUCAUUAUAUGCUUUUAUGUGAUGUUCUUGUUUUGAUUUCGAAUCCCUUUUGUGUUUUAAAUCAGGAGAGAAUCAUCAUCUCCUCGUUUAGGGUUUUGGAAAAUGAAGGUUUUGUUUUGUUAUCUUUGUAUGGAUUUGAGCACAUCUUCUUUGCAUAAGUUCUGUUUCACCUUUUCUUUGGUCCCUUUCUCAAAUAACUUGGUUUAUCGCAUCGGAUUCCAUCUUAUAUUUAUGUGAUUUUGAUAGAUAAAGAUCCCCUCUUGAUGUGCAAUUUUGGAGAAGUAAUUUCCCUUUGUUUAUUUGCAGUAAGAAGCAAUUUGCCUUGGUAGAAUUGGUUGAUUCAACUACUUCACUGUUAAAAAAAUGGCGAUUUCAUCGUAUCCAAUCGGAGCUGAUGCCGGAGUUCUGUGCAUAAUUCUGGCCAACACGGCGAUAUCCAUAUCCAUCGUGAAGGAGAUUGUUCGUUCGAUACUGCACGUGAUGGGCAUUCGGAUUGCCUCGUGGGAGGAGCUCUCUGCAGACCCAUCGGCCUCAGGUGAGUACCGUAAAGGUCUCCCUGAAUCGUACAUGGAGGAGUUCCGGAGCCAGAUUCCUGCGAUGAGGUUCGACUCACUGUCUAUGCACGAGCACGACUACCCGGGCCAGGAGUGCUCCAUCUGCCUCUCUGAGUUCGAACCAAAUGCAGCGGUUAACCACCUCACCUGCGGCCAUGUCUUCCACAACUUGUGUUUGGAGAAGUGGUUGAACUACUGGAACACCACGUGCCCCCUCUGUCGUAACUCCAUGAUGCCGCAAGAUGUGGAAGACGACGACACCUGCCCCAUGAUGUAGAUAAGUUGAUGGCGACGCCUUUCCUGCUAGGCCGGAGAGCUUCGUGUUUCUGUGGUACCUGCACCUGAAGGAGCCAGCGUGUGUCGUUGGGGAGCAGAGGCAGUUGUGUCUCUUGCCACUUGCUGGCUUCCUCAGCCCAAGUGGAGAGCUCGGAGCUGAGGAUGACAACGAUGAUGAUGAUGAUGAUGAGCUGGAGUAAGCUUUCAUGGUGCUCGUCACACUUAUCUUGCGUUUCACGUACUCUGCAACGCUACUCUUCGAUUCUCCCGUCAUUCUUGCCCUGCAACCACAAUCAUCCAUCAUCACUCUCAGAUCAUAGAUAAGUAAAAACUCUAAGUGUGUGUGUGUGUGUGUGUGUGUUCUUAGCUGAACUAAGAUUGUUUCAUAUACAAGUGUGUGAUUCAUGUUAGCUUUCCCUUUCCUUGCAAACAUUUAUCAGAAUGCAACAUGAAAACCAUAAACAAGUGUGGGAAGAAGUUAUAUGCCAUACAAAUUAUUGCAGAUGUAGAUUGUAUCAAAACAUUGGAUCUCAUUGAAAUUCAAUACCAACAUUUUCAAAGAAUAAAUAAUAAUACAAAUUUGAAGUC